AUGGAUCUAUCUAUCUAUCUAUCUAUCUAUCUAUCUAUCUAUCUAUCUAUCUAUCUAUCUAUCACUUUCUUUCUCUCCUACUCUGUACAUUAUCUAUCUAUCUAUCUAUCUAUCUAUCUAUCUAUCUAUCUAUCUAUCUAUGUUAGUUGGUUAGCAUCUACCUCAUUUUUCUUUCUUUUUCAUUUUCUUUUUGUCUUAUCUCCUUCCAAUUUAAAUAAUUUUUUCUUCCUCUUUAAUUUUUUAAUUUAUUUCUUCCGAGUUUGUAUCUGUUUUAUUUGUUCUAGUUAUAUUCUUUCUUUCUUUCUUUCUUUUUUCUUUCUUUCGUUCUUUCUUUUUCAGUUUAUUUUUGUUUCCUUUUCGUUAAUUUUUUCUUUCUUUCAUUGUAAAAUUCUUUCUUUUUUUCUAUGUCAGUUAACAAAUCUAUUCGUAUACUCUUCUUUCUUUUUUGUUUUUGUUCUAUUUCUUUUUUCUUUCUUUCAUUUUUCUUUCUUUCUUUCUUUCUUUUCUUUCUUUCUUUCUUUCUUUCUUUCUGUUAUUUACUCACACAGAGGUUCGUUCCGAUUGUCAACAGGGUCCGAAGCCUUCUUCAACGCAUCUCUGUCUCGUGACGACCUCCACGUCUCACUCGAAACUCGUCUGAAUUUCCUUUUAGUACCGGAAACAGAAUCGAUUGGAUCGCCAGUCGUCGCACAAGAGUCAGCUACGAUACAGUCAUUUUUAAGUUACACCGAUUAUAUCAGUUGUUUUAGGGAUGGUUUUUCAUUCUUCACCCAUUUAAUGAUUUUCAUUGACUUGUUUCUAUCUUUCUACCUCUGUUUACAUCUGAAUUUAUCUCUCUUAUUAUCUGUUUUUCUCACAAUUUCUUCUUGUUUGUUUCUUUUUUUCCAUUCCUUUCUUUCUUUCUUAACAUUCUCAUCUUCCUUUCCAUUUCUUUCUUUCUUUCUUUCCAUUUCUUUCUUAAUAUUCUUUUUCUUUCUUUCGUUUUCUUUCUUUCUUUCUUUCUUUCUUUCUUUCUUUCUUUCUUUCUUUCUUAACACUCCAUUCUUUCUUAAUAUUCCCUUCUUUCUUUCUUUCGUUCGUUCUUUCUUUCUUUCUUUCUUUCUUUUUCUUUCUUUCUUUCUUUCUUUCUUUCUUUCUUUCUUUCUUAACACUCCAUUCUUUCUUAAUAUUCCCUUCUUUCUUUCUUUCGUUCGUUCGUUCUUUCUUUCUUUCUUUCUUUCUUUCUUAACAUUCCUAUCUGUCUUUCCAUUUCUUUCGUUCUUUCUUAAUAUUCCACACUUUCUUUCUUUCUUUAAAUCCUCGUCUUUUUUCCUCUAUGUUAAUUGUUGCCCAUUGGUUGCGACCUGGGUUCAAAUCUCACCACUGUCAAUUUCACCACACGUCUUUUUGUCUGCUUCUUUUCAUUCCUUUUAUUUUUCGUCUUCUUUACACUCUCUUUCCUUUUCUUUUUCUUCUCCUCUAAACUAUCUCUCUUUUUCUUUUUCUUCUUCUUCUUUGCACUCUCCUUUUUCUAUUUCAUCUUCUUUCCACUCUCCCUCUUUUUCUAUUUCGUCUUCUUUCCACUCUCCCUCUUUUUCUAUUUCAUCUUCUUUCCACUCUCCCUCUUUUUCUAUUUCGUCUUCUUUCCACUCUCCCUCUUUUUCUAUUUCGUCUUCUUUUCACUCUCCCUCUUUUUCUAUUUCGUCUUCUUUCCACUCUCCCUCUUUUUCUAUUUCGUCUUCUUUUCACUCUCCCUCUUUUUCUAUUUCGUCUUCUUUUCACUCUCCUUCUUUUUUUAUUUUGUUUCCUUCUUUGCGCUAUCCUUCUUUUCUUUUUUGUUUUUUCCCCUCUUUCUACAGUACUACGUUUUUUUUUUCAUCUACUUCUGUGCUCACUUCUUCCUUUUCUUUUUUGUCCUUCUUUCUAAUCUCCUUUGCACUCAUUUUUCUCUUUUGUUAUUCAUCUGAUUCUCCGUUUCUUUCCCUUUUCUUAUACUUCUUUUUUUUUUACACUUUUCUUUUACUGUCAGAUUAUUUUCCUUUUGUUUUUUCUUACCUUGCUCUCCCCCUUGCCCAACCCAGAGCUUUUUCUCCUCACCUUUCCGCCUCCGUCCUAUCCAUUGCCCCCAUAGUGACGCGUAUGCGCACACAUUUGCUUCCAUUGUCACAGUUCGUCAUUUGUGGCACUCUACAAGUAAAACCUCUCGCUCCAACCCCAUGCCACGCAAAUUGGUUGGAGCCUCUUGCCACAAGUGAUCUAACCACGCAAACACCAGCUAACGUUGUUUCUUCCUUCUCGAGCGCCUGUCCAACACAAACUUGUCAAUCAAAGGUCCGCUCUUGUUCCUCCGUGUCUAGAGAAGUGCAGCCUUUUCCUGGACACUCUGUGUCGAAAGCUUUUCAGAUUGACAGGCGAGUGUGUUAG